CCGUUGGCCUGCAGGCAGCGGCUUCUUGGGGCCGUUGCGAGGGCUAGGACCGAGGUUUUCCGAUGCCCUGCUCCAGAAAGAUCUCCAGGAGGGAAGUCCUGGGAGUGUUUGCAUCACGCUGAGCAAAAGGAGAGCUCCCUCGUCUGUAGGAUGAAAGACUAGAGGCCCCGCAGGAGGCCUCAGGGAGUAAAAUGAAAGCCCAAGAGAAGUACAGAUCCGACUCGUGGUUAGAAACUGAACGCCUGACCAAGGGAGCAGUGCAAGAGGACCCGAGGUCACGCUCCCUGGCGCUGGGUGAUCCGACUGCCGCUGCGGGGGCUCAGGGCGAGACAGAUCCAGCUGAGAACAUACUUGAACAGAACCUCAAGAUCCAGUUCUACAUCAGUUCUGGGUCCACAUCUCCAUCCUCACACAGCGCAGACGAAGCCGACCCAGUCAAGAUUGUGGAUUCUGCUCAUCUACCGGUUCACACACCAACAAUAAAGAAAAAGGAAUAUCAGAGUAGUAUCCUCUUUCCAACUAAGAGUAAGAGCCACCGGUUUUUCCUCACGUCCUUCACGGCUCCCACCAAGUGUCACCAGUGCACGGCUCUGAUGGUGGGCUUGAUAAGGCAAGGCUGUGUGUGUGACGCAUGUGGGUUCUCCUGUCACACAACCUGUGUGGAAAAAGCUCCACGAGCCUGUCCAGUGCCUUCUCAGCAGAAGAAAGGCACCCUCUGUCUGGACCCACGGGAAGGCAUGGGAACAGCAUAUGAAGGCCAUGUCUGGAUCCCAAAGAAAGCAGGGGUGAAAAAAGGAUGGCAGAGAGCACUGGCGAUAGUUUGUGACUUCAAACUCUUCCUGUAUAACAUGAAUGAAGAGAAAGACUCAAAACCCAACGUUGUUGUGAGUCAAGUGAUUGACAUGAGGGAUGGAGCGUUCUCUGUCAGUUCUGUCUGGCCCUCCGAUUUUAUUCCUGUAAGGAGGAAGGAAAUGUCCCGCAUGUUUAAGGUCACGGCUUCUCAGCUCGCAGUGCCCGGCAGCAGGUGCUCGGUGCCGAUCCUCGCGGACAGCGAGCGUGACAAGUGUGAGUGGGUGGGCGUGCUGAGCGGCCUGCACAAGAUGCUCAGGAAGAGCCACUCCCGGGACCGCUCGGUCUACGUCCUGCAAGAGGCUUAUGACAGCAGUCUGCCCCUGAUCAGAACCGCCCGCACGGCUGCCAUCAUAGAUCACAAAAGAAUUGCUCUAGGAAAUGAAGAAGGCUUAUUUGUUGUGCACAUUACUAUAGAUGAAAUUAUUCGUGUUGGCGUCAUGAAGAAGGUCCGGCAGAUUGAGCUCAUCCGCUGCGGCCAGCUGGUGGCAGUGAUCUCCGGGCGAAGCCGCCACGUGCAGCUGUUCCCCAUGUCAGCUCUGGACGGACGCAAGGCUGACACUCACAAGCUGGAAGAAACCAAAGGGUGCCAAACAAUGACUUCUGGAACAGUGUGCCAGGGGGCCCACGUAUGCCUCUGUGUAGCAAGGAAAAGCCGAGUGUUUUGUUAUGAGCUGUUUCAGGGCAAGGACAUUUCUCACCGGAAGCUUAAAGAGCUCCAGACCCCCGCCAGGGUCCAGUGGAUGGCCGUCCUCAGUGAGCAGCUCUGUGUGGGGUUCCAGUCGGGAUUCCUGCGCUACCCCUUGAAGAGAGAAGGGGUUCCGUACAGGAUGCUCCACUCACAGGACCCUACGCUGUCAUUUAUUGCUCACCAACCAGAGGAUGCUCUCUGCGCCGUGGAGAUCUCCAGUACUGAGUAUCUGUUAUGUUUUUCGAGCAUCGGGAUUUACACCGACAGCAGGGGCCUCCGAUCCAGGCCGGCCGAGCUCCUGUGGCCGGCCCCGCCAACCUGCUGCCGUUACAAUGCCCCAUACCUCUCUGUGUACAGUGAAAAUGCGGUGGACAUCUUUGACGUGAACUCCAUGGAGUGGAUCCAGACUGUCCCCCUCAAGAAGGUUCGACCCUUGAAUAGAGAAGGAUCCCUAAAUGUUUUGCCUUUGGAGACAAUUAGAUUAAUAUAUUUCAAAAAUAAGAUGACAAGUCUAGACGGAGAUGAGCUGGUGUUCCCUGAAACAUCAGAUAAUCAUCAGAAGCAAAUGGUCCGACACCUUCACAGCAAGCGUCGAUAUUCCUUCAGAGCUCCCUCACGUGUGGGCCACAAGGACCACUCUAGAACCCUGUGCUACGUGAUGUGAUUGGGAAGAAAAAGAAAUCAAUCUCUGAAGCUUGGGCAGAAACUUCUGUUCCCAACAGUGGUAUGUUUAUUUCUCUGUGAACCCUCAAAGAAAACCUUUUUGUAGUAAGUACAAAUGGAAGUGUAAUGUUGACUUAUCCCCUGUGAAUGUGGAAUAAUUGAAAUUCAGUAUGUAAGCCUCCAAAUGAUAAAUAUAGAACAAAUGUGUAUAAACAUCAUAAUGUAUGUCCCAUAACCAUUUAGUGAACAAAUAUAUUGUGUAUGCGUGUGGACUGA